AACCAAAGUGCACAAGCCACAAACAUAAUCCUCUUAUUUAUUAUACUACCACUUAACAACCUUUAAAAACAUGUUUUCAAGAGAUUACAAAUCAGAGAUAAAAAUGGAAGUGUGGAAAAGACUUUGCUCAAUUUUGGUGAUCAUUGUGAUCAUGGUUAUUGAGGGAGGAGAAGCUCAACUCUCGGAGAAUUUCUAUACCACUUCUUGCCCUCGUGUAGAAACUAUAGUUAGACAAGCUGUAGCAAAAAAAUAUAGUCAAACUUUUAUAACAGCUCAAGCAACACUUCGUCUGUUUUUUCAUGACUGCUUUGUAGAGGGAUGUGAUGCUUCAGUUAUGAUUUUCUCACCAAAGGGCGAUGCAGAGAAGGAUUCACCGGAUGAUAUCUCGCUAGCAGGAGAUGGAUUUGACACGGUUAUAAAGGCCAAGCAAGCAGUCGAAGCUGCUUGCCCUGGUGUAGUCUCUUGUGCUGACAUUUUGGCUCUUGCUGCUAGAGAUGCUGUAGUCUUGACAGGAGGCCCUUCAUUCAGUGUAGAACUUGGACGGCGAGAUGGGCUAAGGUCUAAGGCAUCAGAUGUCUCAGGAAACCUUCCAGAACCAACAUUCAAUCUCGGCCAACUAUUAACCAUGUUUGCGAAGCACAAUCUGACCCAAACUGAUCUGAUCGCGCUGUCUGGAGCUCAUACCAUAGGCGCAGCCCACUGCUCGAAAUUUUCAAAUCGACUAUAUAAUUUUUCUCCAUCUAAUCCCAUUGAUCCUUCCAUGAACCCAACAUAUGCACAACAGUUAAAACAACAAUGCCCAACAAAUGUAAACCCGAACUUGGUGGUGUUCAUGGAUCCUCGAACCCCAACAACAUUCGACAAUAAGUACUAUCAGGACUUGGUUGCAGGAAGAGGAUUGUUUACCUCAGAUCAGGAGCUCUACACUAACCCAGCUUCUCGACCAACAGUGAUCAAUUUUGCUAAUAAUCCUGGGAACUUCAACGCUGCUUUUAUCAUUGGAAUGAAAAAGCUCGGUAGAGUUGGGGUGAAAACUGGUAAUCAAGGUGAAAUCAGGCGAAACUGUGCAGCCUUUAACUCAUAGUAAUCUGAAGUCAUAAAAGGUGUAAUAUUCAUUAUAUAUCUUGCAAUAUAACUUAUAAGCUAAGUUUAUAUGUCAAUGUACUUGCAUAAUCAUAAUUUUUUUUCUUUUGACAUAGUUAAGAUACAUACAAGAAUAGGCAAGCGUGCAUUUCCUGAAACUAGCUGCAUGAUUCUUACUGAUUCUAUUUCCAGAAAAUUACGUCUGCUUCACCAAUUGUACCAAAUAAGUAAAUGACAAGCUACCUAGCAUAAAUUGUCUUAAACAGAAUUGUAAAUUUGUGAUAGUACCACAAUUACUGAAGAAAUGUAGUCCAUUUCAACUUCGUGAUGAAA